AUGCAGAUGCUCAUAGCAAAAGAAAUGUCCAAACAAAAAGACUCCAAGCACAACCUACCAAAUGUAGUAGCAAAACUAAUGGGGCUUGAAACCCUUCCAAGGGGAGAGCCAAAUUAUUCUAUGGAAAGAAACUACAGAAGUGAUUUUUCUCAACAAAUGCACGGUCCAGUAGACUUACCAUUCAGGCAUUGGCAGCAAGAAGGUAUGUUUAUGGAUAGGGAAAUGCUUCAUGAAGUUCAUCCAAGCACAGAACAGAUUGCUUACAAAGAUAUGUAUGAAAUACGGGAGCAAUCUCAGAGAGUAAGUCAUGUAAGUGGCAAGGUACCAGCUAGUGGAAGAUGGAGUGAAGAAGUUGAUGGGAAAAGAAUGGCUCUCAUUCGUCAGAAAUUCAUGGAAGCAAAAUAUCUGUCAACCGAUGAGAGACUGCGCAAAUCUAAACAAUUUGAAGAUGCCUUGGAAGUUCUAAGUUCCAACAGUGAUCUCUUAAUGAGGUUAUUGGAUUCUCAAAAUGUUUAUGAAUUUUACUCAACUCCACCCACUGAUACAAAGCGCAUCACUCUCAUUAAACCUUUAAAGAUGGUUGACAAUGACAAACCAGCCAGAAAGGAGAAAAGGAAUAAUAGGCUAAUUACGAAAUCAGCAAGUGUUGAUCAAGCAGCUGGAUGGGAGAACAAGAAUUCUGAAGACUCUCCAGAUAGUCAAAAAGUUUAUGAAUCUCCAGUUCGAACCACUCGAAUAGUGUUACUAAAGCCUAGCCCUGGUAGGACACCUGAGCAAAAGAAUGUGGUUUCUCCAACAACAUCCCCACUAAAUCUGAGAAGUGGAAAUUGCCGUCAGGGACCUGAAUAUGAUGAUGUACUAGAGUCCAUUAGAGUGGCAAAAGAGAUAACACAGCAAAUGCAUAUAGGCCUGAGGACAUAUCAAAAGGAUAAAACUCCACUUCGUUCUUCAGUGUUUUCCAAUGGCUACUCUGAUGAUCAGAGUUCCUUCGACAAAUACCUCGAGUAUGCAUCAGAAAAUUUCAGUGAUUUGGAAACUAUGUCAAUGUCACCGUUGCCAAGGCUUUCAUGGGAUUACAAUUACAUCAAUGGCUUUAGCAGUCCUUAUUCUACAAUGUCCUUGGGUCGCGUGUCUUGCUCUCCAGAGUCAUCCGUGUGCAGAGAGGCAAAGAAAAGACUUUCUGAAAGAUGGACUAUGAUGACAUCAGAUACUAAGGGUCAUCAAGAACAGAGGAAUGUAAGGAGAAACUCUACCUUAGGUGAGAUGCUUUCUCUUACCCACAUGAAAUCUGUAACAUCUGUGGUUGAGAGUAUUAAUGAGGACCAAGAACCCGGGAAAUCUGUUUCUUUCAGUCAUUCUUUCAAUGCAGAAACACGCAUUGAGGGCUCUCCCAAAAAUCUUCCUAGGUCAAAUUCUGUGCCUGCAUCUUCUACUGUCAAUGAAACUGGGCUCACAUUUGUGGCUGGUGAUCAAAAUACUGGCAACGCACAAGUCUCCAAGGCAAGGACAAAGUCAAGGAGUAUGAGAUCAUCAUUUAAAGAAAAAGUAGCCAGUUUCUUGUUCUCAAAGAGUAAGAAAUCAACCAAGGAAAAACCAAGUCCAUCUCAAUCUAAAGAUGAAUCCCAAUCCGCUCCUACUAUCACUGAAACAUUAGUUCUUCCAAAAAAUGCACCUGAAGUCCCUAUGAAUGAUGUGUCUCAAAUCAUCAAUGUCGAUGGUUUGGAAGAGUGUUCACUUGCAGCUCUAUGUGAAUCAUCAGAAAAAACUUCAACAGUCUCUAACAGAGAAGAAGACAUGAUUACACUAGAGCCUGGAUUGACAGUGCCAAGGUCCACGGUGCCAGAGAUUAAUUCAAGCGAAAGCUCAGAUCAGCCAAGUCCACUCUCAGUGCAGCUGAAGUCCAAUUUAAUUGACAAAUCGCCGCCUAUAGAAUCAAUAGCCAGGACCCUAUCAUGGGAUGAUUCUUCUGCAGAAGUGGCAAGCCCCUAUCUAUUAAAACCCUUAAUGGUUUCUUCCUUGGACUCCAAGGUAGAGGAACAAGAGUGGCUUCUCUUGGUCCACAAACUACUAUCAGCAGCUGGAAUUGAUGAGCAGAAGCAAUAUGACUCGUUUUACACCAGAUGGCAUUCCCUUGAAAGCCCAUUGGACCCAUCAUUGAGGGAUACAUUAUAUGCCAAUCUAAAUGAGAAGGAGCCUCAGCCAAUGCAUGAGGGCAGAAGAAGAAAGAUGAGAUCGAAUCAUAAACUUGUGUUUGACUAUGUCAAUGCUGCACUAUUGGAACUUGUUGGUUAUCGGUCAGAGAAGUUCCUAAAGGGCAGUGGGAGCCACUGCAGGGUCCUAGUCCAAGAGGGUGCACCGGCAUCUCCCUUGUUGGUGGACCACAUUGUGGCCCAGAUGAAGGAAUUAAUAGCAAGUGGCGUGAGGUGUGAGUGGGACAGCAACAGCCUGGCGAUAGAAAAUAUUGUCAGAAAAGAGAUUGUGCAGAUAGGGUGGGUUGAGCUAAUGGAAUUGGAGAUAGAAAUUUUGGGAAAGGAGAUAGAGGGGGACUUGAUUCAAGAGCUUGUGGAGAAUGCAGUGGUUGAUUUUACAGGCAGGGCCUGA